GACAGAAGAUCAGAUUAACACCAGAGAGAGACACGACUAUCAUGGAUCCUCUGGGAAGCCUCAACAACAUCCUGAUGCUGACGAGACAGAGAAGAGUCUCUCCAGAUCAGAACACCAGAUGGACAACGCUAGCCCUUCCUCCCUCCCGGAGUCCCCGUGUCGUGCCUCUCCCGGUAGCACCUUACUGCUGGGUAUGAAGAGGUUGUCUGUGCAGCUGGUGGACUGCAGGAAAACAACGGGGCUGAGUGGAACUGUGAGAGGAGGAGAAGAGAAGAAAGGAUCAGAUUUGACACAUCAAAAAGAGAGACCAGACUCAGAGGAACCAGAGACGUCUGAACCAGCGAGACGACAUCACUGUUCACAGUGUGGGAAGAGUUAUACCCGUUUAUGGAGCCUGAAAAACCAUAAGAGAACACAUGCAGGGAAGAAGCCGUAUCAUUGCUCUCAGUGUGGAAAGAGUUUUACACGGUUAGGGAGCCUUGAAAUACAUAAGAGAAUACACACAGGAGACAAGCCUUACCAAUGCUUCCAGUGUGGAAAGAGAUUUAUCCAGUCAACACACCUGAACGAGCAUAAGAGAAUACACACAGGGGAAAAACCAUUCCAAUGCUCUCAGUGUGGAAGGACAUUUUCMCGAUCAGGGGACCUGAAAUCUCAUGAGAGAAUACACACAGGGGAAAAGCCUUAUCACUGCUCCCAUUGUAAAAGUAGUUUUCUUAUGCGCUUUCAGAUGCCAUGA